AUGUCCACCCCCGAUGUUUUGCCAACCCGCCUCGUCGCAACUCUCUUCCAUAAAACCGGGCCCAUCGACUGUCUCGCCGACUUUGAGGUUGUGCUCACGACAAUCAUCCCAGGCUUGCAACGCGACUCAAUCACCACCAAGAGACUGGAUGCAACCAAGCAAUGUCGCGUAGCCGAGCUGACUUUUCCACUUCCAACCCCUGAGGCCAUUACACUCGAAAACCUGCGGAGACACGAUGCCGUCGCACAGUUUGAGCGCCAGUCGAGUGUCGAGUGCGUCUUCCAAGCAGACACAAUCUACCGGCGCUACAAACGACUUGCCGUCUUUGACAUGGACAGCACCCUGAUUCAGCAAGAAGUCAUUGACGAGAUUGCCUCCCUGAUUGGCGUCGAAAAGGAAGUCUCCGCCAUUACGGCUGCAGCCAUGAACGGCGAGCUAGACUUUGAGGCCAGUCUGCGCGCGCGAUGCAAGCUGCUAAAAGGCGUGCCCAGCACCGUCUUCGAAACCUUAAAACCAAGAAUAACACUCAACGAAGGUGUCAAGGAGCUCAUUACUGCACUCAAGAGGCUGGGCUUCAAAACUGUUGUUUUGAGUGGAGGCUUCACGCCCUUGACCGGCUGGAUGGGCGAGCAGCUCGGCCUGGACUAUGCCUUUGCUAACCAUCUCGUUGUCUCCGACGAUGGGGCUACCCUCACUGGCGAAUUGACAGGCGAGAUUGUCCAUGCGCAAAAGAAACGACAACACGUGCUUGAAAUUGCCGAAAACGAGAACAUACUCUUGGAACAAGUAGUAUGCAUCGGUGACGGCGCCAACGAUCUUCCCAUGAUGGGCGUAGCCGGUCUUGGCGUUGCUUUCCAUGCAAAGCCAAAGGUGCAGAUGCAGGCUCCUGCCCGCUUGAACUCGAAGAGCAUGCUGGAUGUUCUGUACCUUUUUGGUAUAUCCAAAGAAGAGCAGGAGGUCUUGCUACAACAAUAA